CCCUCACUUCACUUGUGCCUUACUCUUUGGCUUUACUCUUUGAGUCUUUGCUCUUUGGCUUGUGUUAAAAAUGAAAAUUUUUAAAGCGAUUUAUUUUAAAUAUUUUGUGUAUUAAAUAUUAAUACUAUGACUGAUUUUGAAAUUGCUGACACAACCAGGUUAUCAAGACCUAGUCUUGCACAAGUAAAGGCUGUUGUAGAGUUUAUUCAAAAACAUCCGAGUAUAGCACAAAAAGGGCUCAGACAUGGUCUUAGUCAAGAGAAAGUUCAUAAGCAAUGGGUUGAACUCUCUAAUAUUGUCAAUUCCAUUAGAGGAGCUGUUAAGUCAACUAAAGGAUGGAUUAAGUUCUGGUCAGAUAAACGAAGAAACACAAUAGUAAAAGAAAAACAGAUACGAACAGGUAAAAUAGUUGCAAAACUGACUUCUUUAGAACAGAAGAUUUUGAAUAUAGCUAAAUCAAGGAGAAAGAAAUCUGUCCCACCACAACUAUGCAAUGGAGAUGAUAAUUCUGAUGUACUGGAAGGAGAUGAUGCAGAACUGCAAGUAGACGCUUACAAAACGGAAGCCGAUGAACGACAUUUAAACAUGAUGGAGCAAAUGAUAGAAGCAAUGGAUCAGCAAGCUUCCGCCUUGGCUAGGGUGGCGCAGGCGACGUUGAUAAAAUCAAAAGCUAUGGAGAGGAUAGCUGAGGCUACUCAUAAACAGGCUCUGGCAGUAGACCGAUUGGCCGGUACGUUUGAGACGAUAGAUACCUCAGCGUUUGACGUAAGAAACGCUGUCAUAAGCAUUGACUACAGCAUCAAGAAGUGUUUCGCUACCAGCUCUACGCAGCACAGGCAGAACAAUCUGUUUAGUUAAUUGUAUUACACUCUUUAUUCCAUUAUGUAUAAAUAAUUCAUUUAAUGUAUAUUUUUAUGUUAAUAAAGGACUAUUCAUACAUUUUAGCACAAAAUAUUA